AUGAAAAAGGGCACCAGGAAAGCCUUGAAAAAGGACAAGAAAAACACUUUGAAAAAGGAUUCCUCAGGUUCCUUGAAAAAGGACACAGAGGGAACUCUGAAUGCAAGCAACUUGAAAAAAUUGGGCCAGCUUAGCUUGAAGGACAAGAUCCAGAAGGCAGCUGAGGAGCAUUCAGAGGAGGAGGACCAAGCGCAGGCUUUGGUUGCCUCCAUGACCACAGGGGAGAAGUCCAAUGCCUGGAACCAGCAUCAGGUACCUUUGACAGUCUUGACUAUGUCAAGAGCAAAGGUGCUGCUGGCAAGGGCCUUGAAAAAGGCAAGGGAAAAGGGAAAGGCAAAGCCAGAGGCAAGGGCAAAGCCAAGGCACUGGCAGAUGAGGACCUUGGAAACGGCUUUGAAAAAAGUCAAGAAAACCAGGGAUUUGCUCAGCAGCACCCAUGACAAUUUUGAAGAAGCCUUGAAAAAGGUACAGAAAAGCCCCUACCUCAGCAAGCAGAGCUGCAAGGAGAAGCAGGAAGUGUUUUCUGGCCUUGGCAAGAAGCUGGCUCUGACCAAGAAAAUCCUUGAAAAAGGAGGAAAGAACAAAUUGGAAGUCGUCAAGCAGCACUUGCUUGAAGCCUGUGCCUGCAUGAAGGAAGCCAAGGAAGAGGCCAAGGAACUGGUCCAGCUUAGCAUGAAGGCCUUGAGCAAGGCAGGCUCUUCCAGGGCCAAGUGA